GCAGGUGGAUACCGGCAAUCGUCAGCGCCGCGAAUAAUAACGCAUGGAAGCCCGUGUUGCACUCAUACGGCUUUCGGCGUCCGAGGCGUGUGGUCAUCGUCGAACGAUCUUAACGCAUUUAACACUGCGGCAACAACAUUUUCAUGUGGUUUUUUUUUCUUCUUCGACAUCUCGUCCGUCUAACCACCUCGCGCUCCGGAUUACCUGCGUGCUAACCGCGGUAUCAGAAUUGUUCGUCUCGUUCCGAAACUUCGAACGCCGCAGGACGUCAUCGUCGUCGCAACAUACGGAAGAAAUCGAUCGGAGCAUCUGUGGGCCGAACAUGCCGGCCGUCAACCGGUGUUGAUUUCGUUUGAACCACCCGUUUUUUUUUUUUGAUCGUCUACGUCGUCCUACACGCGUAAUAGUGUUACGACUGUACGUCGCGGAAAAUCGGACGGAACGGCCGCGCGAUGUUCAACAACACCGGCAACUUACUGCUGCAGACCAUGCUGUACCUGGCGCAGACGGAAAACAUUACCUUUCCGUUGAACUACACCGCGGAAGCCAACAACAUCACUUUGGAAGGCGACAAUGUGGAGGUCAAGUGUUACGGCGAGUACGGUUGCUUCUCGGUGUCCGGCCCGUGGCUGCACAACUCUUCGCGCCCGGUGAACCUGUUCCCGGAGCACGCGGACAAGAUAGCGCCGCGGUACUGCUUGUACACCCGCAGCAACCGGAACGAGUGCCAGUACCUGGACCACAAGGACCCCGGAUCGGUGGCCGCGUCCAACGUGAUCCCGUCCAUGCCCACGUACUUCAUCACGCACGGGUUCCUGGAGGGCGGCGACCGGCCGUGGUUGCGCGAGAUCGCGUACCAGAUACUCCGCCGGUACGACGCCAACGUGAUAAUCAUCGACUGGGAACGCGGUUCCGGAGCGCCGUACACGCAGGCCGUGGCCAACAUACGCAUGGUGGGCAGGGUGACGGCCCAACUGAUAAACGUGUUGCGGACAGAACUCGGAUUAAACGUCGCCAACAUUCAUCUAAUCGGCCACAGUUUAGGUUCGCAUCUCUCCGGUUACGUAGGAAGCAUAAUGCAGACAAACUUCGGCGUGACAAUAGGUCGGAUCACGGGUCUGGAUCCAGCCGAACCGCACUUCAGUCAGACCGAGCCGAUGGUAAGGUUAGAUCCUUCGGACGCCGUUUACGUGGACAUCAUACACACGGACUCCAAACCGUUUAUCAAAGGAGGCGAAUUAGGUCUAGGAAUGAGUGCACCGAUAGGCCAUUUAGAUUUUUAUCCCAAUGGUGGGCAGAACCAACCUGGCUGUAACCACGGUAUGAUGAAGUACAUUAACCGUGAAAACGGUAGUUUCUAUCAGGGCAUGAGAAGAUUUCUGGCUUGCGAUCACGUCAGGGCGCAUGAAUAUUUCAACGAAUCGGUAAACACGCAGUGCAACUUUUUAGCAAUAGAAUGCGAUUCUUAUGAGGAUUUCAUUAAUGGAGAAUGCUUUUCGUGUCUAAGCGAAACGAACCCAGAUGGUAAAAUCUGCGCAGAAAUGGGCAUACGAUCAUUAGGCCAUUGGAGAAAAUACGCGCCUAUAAUCGCUAGUGCCAGUGAUUCUGGCACAUUACCACACAUACGGUUGUAUAGUCUGACAAACGCGGAUUCACCAUUUUGCACGUAUUUGUACCGAGCUACGUUGAAUUUAGCCAAUUCACAAGCGAGUAAAGACCACGGUGGAGAAGUUGGCCAUUUCUUAGUGCAGCUCGAAGGUACCAAUACCAAAUCGAAGCUUUUGAACGUAUUCGAAGAACAACAUUACAAACCUGGCAGUGUUCACCGUAAAGUGUUCGGGUCUAUUAACGUAGGUAUCAUAAAAUCAGUGUUGUUGCUGUGGAACCAUUCGACCACGAUGAAUAUAUUGACUUGGAGAUUCGAAGCACCGGUUAUCUACGUCGAAUCUUUGAUCAUUGAGACUUUCAACGGCGGCCAAAAACUAAAAUUGUGUCCUCCGAAAUCAAUAGCCUUAGAAGCAGGUCUAUCCUUCAGAAUGAUUCCGUGUUAGAAUACCCGUUCGAAUUAAGGAAUAUAUUAUAAUCAUCAUACGUCUAACGAUUGGUGAAAAACACAUACUACUAAUAGAUAAGUCAAUGGUUUUAUUUAUUUGUAACGUGAGAAAUGUAUUAUAUAAAACAAUAUUAAUUUUUUUACAAACAUAAUAAUGUUUUUUAUUUUUUUUUUAAUUUUAAUGCUUGUACACAUAUGUACCUAUUACCAGCAUAUGUCAUAAAAUAUUUGAUAUGUACAUUUAUUUUAAGUUUUAGGUAUUCUCAUUUUUACGUAUUACUAUAGAUAUGCUUCCUAACCUCUUGAUACCAUCUA